AUGCUGGGCCAGAGGACCUGGCACAGAUCGUCCAGCCUCCCGUGGCUGGUGCACCUCUGCCUUCUUCUUCUAAGGGCCUCAGGUCACCCCGGGCUGAGUCCCAGAACCCCUGCAGAGGAGGUCACGUCCAUCCAAGGAGUGCGGGGCGGCUCCGUGGAGCUGGCCUGUGGCUCCGGGCCUGCCCCGCUGAUGGUCCUCUGGAGCUUCAUCCCACCGGGCUCCCCAGUCCCCCAGCCCGUGGCUGUCACAGACGGAGUGGCAACGAAGGUGGAGGCCACGGCCUCAGCCCUGGGGUCGGUGAGCCUGAGGAACAGCAGCCUGGUGCUGCAGGAGCUCCGGGAAGGAGCCCACGGCCACUUCCUGUGCCAGGCCUUGCACUCAGCAGACGGCCAGCUCCGUGCCACCUAUUCCUACCUGUCCCUGGCUGUGCUGGUGCCUGUAUCCAAGCCUUGGGUGCAGUUCAGUGACCCAUCCCCAGUGGAGGGCAGCUCCGUGGUGGCCACGUGCACAGUGCGGGAGGGCACACUGCCAGUCACCUUUGCCUGGCAGCAUCAGGCACCUCAAAGCCCUGGGAAGGCCCUGGUGGAGAUCACAGAGCCACUUCUCUGGCUGGACCCAGUCAACCGGACACACCUGGGCUGGUAUAUGUGCAGCGCCCACAACACUGUCAACAGGCUAAGCAGUACCAGCGCCUUUCUGGACGUCAUCUAUGGUCCGGACAAACCUGUGAUUACUGUGGAUACCCUGGGACUCACUGAAGAAGGAUUUUGGGCUAGUGAGAGGGAGGAGGUGACCCUGAGCUGCCUGGCGGCAUCCAACCCUCCUAGUCACUACGUGUGGCUCCGUGAGGAUACUCAGGUCCACAGCGGGCCCACCUACAUCAUAGCCAGUGCCAGCCGCUCCCACACAGGCCUGUACACCUGCCUGGCCCACAACAGACACCUGGACACUCGCACCCAGACCACCGUUCAGCUUACCGUCUACUAUCCCCCCGAGGGGCAGCCCUCCUGUGCUGUGCUCCCCUCCCUCAGGGCUGUGACUUUGCCCUGCACCUGGCCUGGCGGGUUUCCACCCGCCCAGCUGCAGUGGGAAGGGCCACAGGGCAGCGGUCCGGCCGCCCCCAGCCAUGUCACCUGGAGUCAUACAGCCACCCAGCUCUCCAAUGGCAGCAUCUUCACCUGUACCGGCCAGCACCCAGCCCUGGCACUGUCCACCCUCUGCAGGAUCACGCUCUGGGAACCUUUCUGGAACCCCACCUGCUGGACCACAGCCUUGCUGGAAGACCAGUUCAUCAUGCUGAGCUGCAAGUGGCCUGGAGGUGAGCCCCCUGCCAUGCUGGGCUGGCUUGACGGAGAACAACCUCUGGGCAGCAACGGCUCCUCGCUAGCCAUCCACCUCCUGCAGGCCCAGGACGAUCUAGCUGGCAGAGAGUUCACCUGUCGGGGCACCCACCCACUAAGGAGCCCAGACCCCCAGUGCCAGCUUCAGCUGGAAGCCCCACAGCUGGCAGUGGCUGAGUCCCUGGUGUCAGUGUUGGAGGGGGGAGAGGCCAUACUGAAGUGCGUUCUUCAGCGGGGCAUGCCACCCGCCCAGCUCCUCUGGCUGGGACCCCAGCUACAACAGGUGGAACAGGGCGCUUCUGGAUUCGCACUGCACACUGAGGGCGCCUGGUUGCGCCUCCACAUCCAACACGCUGACCCAGCACGCCACAAGGGCACCUACCAGUGUGUGGCCCGCAACGCCGUGGGCAGCCAGCAUGAGAACGUGCAGCUGGAGGUCCUGAGAUAUCCAGCUCCUCCCAACGUUACCAUCAGCCGCCUGACCUACGCACGCCAUCGCAGAGAGGUGCAGCUGCAGUGGGCAGUGGAGGGGUCAGGGAACCUGACCGGCUUCCUGGUGCAGCGGAGGGCCAGUGUCCCAGGCCCAGCAGCCACCUCCUGGGAGACAGCAGCCAGUGACAUCGAACCCCAAAGUCGGGGCCGGCGGCUGGGAGGCUUGGACCCAGGGGUCCUCUAUGCCUUCCGCAUCCUGGCUCUGAACCACCACACGGCUGGGCUUCCCUCUGCGGUGAAGACACCAGUGGACCCCCCCUUCAAUGCCUACCCUGCAGUGCUCGCCGCAGCAGGCACAGGAAUAGUGGCAGCAACGGUGGCUUCUCUACUGCUGUUCCAGUAUGCUGUCCGGCAUCCGGAGACCUUCCCUUGCACUGAAACAGCAGUCGCCACCCCAGGGUCAGACCCUGCGCAAGAAUCCAGUGAUGCUCCCAUCAAUGUCACCAUCACAGUGACUGCAACACCAUGA